GGCAGCAGUGGACCUUCUCCGCCUCUCAGCGCUAAUGUGCUGGAGCUCUCCGACGAGGGAAGGGGAGAACAGCUGCACUGCUGUCUUCUCGUCGUUCGGGCUUAUUUUCACUUCGUUCGAGACAUUAACGCCGGGACAUUUAAGAGAUAAAGACCUGCGGUACUUCAGCCGAGGCGAGGAGCGAAGACGCGCCGGGUCAGCAGGGUCGAGAUGCCUCCUCAGUGAGAAUGCCCGGAGCGGUGCUGUUCGAGUAGGUCCCGUAAAAACAUGUGAGCUGGAUUUACUUCUUUGUCCACGCCAGGUUUACCCUGAGGAUCUCUGCUGCGCGUUUGUUGGUGUUCUGGAGGUCGUUCCUGUCCCUCACUGGUCGGACUCUGCCUUGAUCCACCAGCAUAUCGGAUCAUAUCCUUCACCCAGAGGAGGCUGUGAGCCGUGAGCCACCGCCACCGACAAGGCCGCUCUGCUCCAGCGCGUUCGUGGUUCCCAGCCAAGCUUCUUUGUCAUGGCCAAAGUCCAGGUGCUGAACGUGGCCGUGCUGGACAACCCCAGUCCUUUCGGGAACCCUUUCCAGUUUGAAAUCACGUUUGAAUGCAUGGAGGACUUGCCUGAAGAUUUGGAGUGGAAGAUCAUCUAUGUGGGCUCGGCGGAGAGCGAGGAGUAUGAUCAGACCCUGGACUCUGUGCUGGUGGGACCCGUUCCUGCAGGCAGACACAUGUUUGUGUUUCAGGCCGACGCUCCGAACACCGGGCUGAUUCCUGAGAGUGAUGCGGUGGGCGUGACUGUAGUGCUGAUCACCUGCACCUAUCGAGGACAGGAAUUCAUCCGCAUUGGUUACUAUGUCAAUAACGAGUACACUGACCCUGAGCUGCGGGAGAAUCCACCCAUCAAACCUGCCUACUCACAGUUGCAGAGGAACAUCCUGGCGUCGAAUCCGCGCGUCACGCGCUUCCACAUUAACUGGGAGAUGAGCACGGACAAAAUGGAGGACUCAGAGAACGUAGACCCCGCCCCCAACACCAUGCUCCCGCCCAGCUGCCUGCCGGGGAAAGCCCCGCCCCUGGGGCUCAUGCCGGACAAUUCCAUGGACUGUCUGUAGAGAAUUUACACGCUGAUGUGGGCUGAAAAAUCCGUCAGUAGCAGUUCUCUGUGAACACUCCUCACCUGACCUUACCUCUGACCUCUAACGCUGCGAAAACUUAAAUCAGCUGACAUCUUAAAAAUGGUUUGCCGAAAGAUCCCAGUUAUCCACUUACACCAAAAGUAGUCCCUCAACCAAGUCUGGUUCUUUAGUUCAGCACUGGAGCUACGAGUCUACCAUUGCUAGCAAACACACAGAAGUCAGUAGUCACCCAAAUCUUUCUGUAAAUACAUCCCCAAAACUUCUCUCAGCCCCACAAACCACAUCCAGGUCUCUGUUACAGUCACACAAACCUUUCAGUGCGUUUAUGGCAGGUUGAGAGGUGGAAGGUGGAAGAUGAGUUUGCCUUGAUACUCAGCUUUGGUGCUUUUUGGGUGGCUGUUGACUUUUUGUGUUUUGUUAGCGACAAAAUUUGGACAUGUCUUGGUGGAUUGACUACAUCUACGGUGAGUGGAAAACUGGGUCAAGUUAAAACAAAAUAUUUCCUUCAAUGUAGUCAAUAUAGCUACUAAUUCUCACUGUUGGGUUGGUGUAAGAAUAUGACCACGUUUAACCUGUUUCUAGAUCGAAGUCCUUUCACUGAACUCCACUGGCAGAUCACAUUGCUUGUUUGUAGGAAUUAUAGAUGCACAGCUGUCUGCCAAUGGAAAGAGAAUUUCACUUAACAGAAUCAAGUGUUAAAUACCCAGAAAUAGGUUAUAAUGAAUUGAAAUAUAUGAAAUAUUGCAUCACCUGUGGUUGGAUCAGAAACAGGACCUCGUAUCUCCACGGUGGUAAUUUUACAGGAGAAGGAAAAAACAUACUUUAUUCUUAAUGUAAGUCAAUGGAACCAGUUUUUUUUUUCCAAGUCAUUUUAGUUCAUUUCUUUUAGUCCAUUCAUCAUGACAUUUAUAUACAAUGUAAAGGCCAACAGGCGUUUUCAAAUCAUGUCCAAAACAGAAAAACGACAAAAAUGGAGAUACGAGGUUUUCGUCCCACAGCAUGCGCGCAUAUAUAUGAUCUAGCUACAUUCAAGAUGAUUUCUGUUGACGAUCUUUUUUUUUUUUGCAGCGCAGCACUUACAGGAUGUCUUCAUGUCCACUAGAGGGCAGCGAGGAGCCCCUACAGGAACUCUGUUCCUCUGCAGUGUUCUUUGAUUCAAAGCAGCAGCUUUGGAAACAAUCUACCUUCAGCAGUUUAUCUCAGAGGUUUUCACAAGUAGAUAAAUAAACAAACUCCUCAGUUCUGCUCUUCAAGCUUCAGUCAGGCCUUCCGGGUUCAGGAUUGUUUGUUUGUUUGUUUGUUGUGGUUUUCUUUUCUGUUUGAUGAGCUCGUCUCGAUCCUCAAGCUCGGUGUUAUUUUCUCUUUUUUGUCGUGUAUGAGUGACGGCUUGAUUGCCGCUCUUCCUACGAAGCUUGCCGUUAAUAAAUUUGAAUACCUGUGUUUGUAA